UGCGCUCCGCGCUCGCCCACCGCGCGGAGGACCGCGAGCAGCCGCGCGGGCCCCGAGGCCGGCGCCCAGGGAGGCCUGGAGGGCGGGCGCGCGGCUGGAGGGCGGAUGCGCGCGGGCGGCAGCCCCUGAAGCCGGGCCGGAGGCUGGGACGGACUGACCCGAGCCCAGAGUGGCCAGAUUGGGAGCAUGGACAGACACCAGUGCGCGGCGUCCAGCCCUGCCCUGCGGCGGUGGCUGUUGCUGGGGUUCGUGACAGUGGGGCUCCUGGCCCACAGCGUCCUUGCGGGUGUGAAGAAGUUUGAUGUGCCCUGUGGAGGGAGAGACUGCAGUGGGGGCUGCCAGUGCUACCCCGAGAAAGGAGGACGGGGUCAACCAGGGCCAGUGGGCCCCCAGGGGUACAACGGGCCCCCAGGGUUACAAGGAUUCCCAGGACUGCAGGGCCGCAAAGGUGACAAGGGGGAAAGAGGCCCUCCCGGGAUCACAGGACCAAAAGGAGAUGUGGGAGCAAGAGGCGUUUCUGGAUUCCCUGGUGCCGACGGGAUUCCCGGACAUCCUGGGCAAGGGGGACCCAGAGGACCGCCUGGCUAUGAUGGCUGCAACGGAACGAGGGGAGACGCCGGCCCGCAGGGACCCUCCGGUUCUGGGGGCUUCCCUGGCUCUCCUGGACCCCAAGGACCCAAAGGGCAAAAAGGUGAACCUUACGCGCUGUCUAGCGAGGACCGAGACAAAUACAGGGGUGAACCUGGGGAGCCUGGAUUGGUCGGCUUCCAGGGGCCUCCCGGCCGCCCCGGGCCUGUGGGACCGAUGGGGCCUGUUGGAGCUCCGGGGAGACCAGGACCGCCUGGACCCCCUGGACCAAAAGGACAGCAAGGCAACAGAGGACUUGGUUUUUAUGGAAAAAAGGGUGAGAAGGGCGACAUGGGCCAGCCAGGACCCAAUGGGCUUCCAUCAGAUACCCACCAUGCCAUCAUCGGGCCCACGAAGGAAGUGUUCCACCCAGAUCAGUAUAAGGGUGAAAAAGGAAGUGAGGGGGAACCAGGAAGACAAGGCAUUUCCUUGAAGGGAGAAGAAGGCAUCAUGGGCUUCUCUGGAGCGCGGGGUGCCCCUGGCUUCGAUGGUGAAAAAGGCUCACCAGGACAAAAAGGAAGCAGAGGACUGGAUGGUUAUCAAGGCCCUGAUGGACGCCCGGGACCCAAGGGAGAAGUGGGUGACCGAGGCCUGCCGGGACCGCCUGCCUACUCCCCUCAUCCUUCCCUGGGGAAAGGUGCCAGAGGUGACCCAGGAUUCCCAGGAGCCCAUGGGGAGCCAGGAACCCGGGGUGAGCCAGGAGACCCCGGCCCGCCAGGCCUCCCUGGCACAUCCAUCGGAGAUGAAGAUGAGAAGAGAGGAUUACCAGGCGAAAUGGGACCCAAAGGCUUCAUAGGAGAGCCAGGCCUCCCUGCGCUCUACCCCGGCCCCCCGGGAGCUGACGGAAAGCCAGGGCUCCAAGGACCCCCAGGGCCCGCCGGACCACCUGGACCCGAUGGUUUCCUUUUUGGCCUUAAAGGAACAGGAGGGACAGCGGGCUACCCCGGGCCUUCUGGUUUCCCUGGGGCUCGUGGACAGAAAGGAUGGAAAGGUGACGCCGGCGACUGCAGAUGCGUAGAGGGUGAUGAGUUCGUCACGGGUCUGCCGGGGCUACCAGGGCCCAAGGGCUUUCCAGGCAUCAAUGGGGAGCCGGGCAGGAAAGGGGGCCAAGGAGAUCCUGGCCAGCACGGCAUCCCUGGGUUCCCCGGGUUCAAGGGAGCCCCUGGUGACAUUGGACCUCCUGGGCCCAAAGGAGUGAAGGGAGAUUCCAGAACAGUAACCACCAAAGGUGAGAGGGGACAGCCAGGUGUCCCAGGGGUGCCUGGAAUGAAAGGUGACGACGGCAUCCGGGGGCGUGACGGGCUCGAUGGAUUCCCAGGCCUUCCGGGGCCCCCUGGUGAUGGCAUCAAAGGACCCCCAGGGGACACAGGUCACCCAGGAGCACCCGGCACGAAGGGCAUUCCAGGAGAAAGGGGUCCUCCAGGAUUGGGCCUGCCAGGCCCCAAAGGCGAGCAUGGUUUCCCCGGAGAUGCUGGAUUCCCUGGACCACCAGGCCUCCCCGGGCCUCCUGGCCCCCCAGGCUCUCCAGGACUCCUAGAUUGUGAUGCAAGCGUGAAAAGACCCAUCGGAGGUGACGGACAGGAGACUGUCCAGCCAGGUUGUGUUGGAGGGCCCAAGGGAUCAGCAGGCCGGCCAGGACCCCCAGGCCCCACAGGUGCCAAAGGCCUCAGAGGGAUACCAGGAUUCUCAGGAGCGGAUGGACCCCCAGGGCUCAAGGGUCUCCCAGGAGACCCAGGACGUGAGGGAUUCCCAGGACCCCCAGGGUUCGUGGGGCCCCGAGGAUCCAAAGGUGCAGUGGGCCUCCCUGGCCCGGAUGGGCAGCCAGGUCUCACCGGCCUGCCAGGGCCAGUUGGGCCUCCAGGAGACAGGGGCCUUCCCGGAGAAGCCCUGGGAGCCUACCCUGGGCCCCAGGGAGAUGCCGGCCUGCCUGGACAGCCUGGGCUGAAAGGCCCUCCAGGAGAGCGAGGCCCACCUGGAUUCAGGGGAAGCCAGGGGAUGCCAGGAAUGCCAGGCCUGAAGGGUCAGCCCGGCUUCCCAGGACCCUCGGGCCAGGCAGGACUGCCCGGACCACCAGGACAGCACGGCUUCCCAGGAGCUCCUGGCCAGCAGGGGCCCUUGGGGCUCCCGGGCGCCCCAGGCUUUGGAGGUCUACCUGGAGACAGAGGGGACCCGGGCGACACAGGUGUCCCUGGCCCUGUGGGCAUGAAGGGUGUCCCUGGUGACAGAGGUGACCCCGGUUUGUUGGGCGAUAGAGGUCACCCAGGAAGCCCUGGAUUCAAAGGAGUGGCCGGAAUGCCUGGCAUCCCUGGGCCAAAAGGGGGCAGAGGUUCACCCGGGAUGGACGGCUUCCAAGGCCUGCUGGGGCUCAAAGGACGACCCGGGCUCCCAGGGAGCAAAGGAGAGGCUGGAUUUUUUGGAGUUCCGGGGCUGAAGGGUCUGGCUGGUGAGCCGGGUGUGAAAGGCAGCCGAGGGGACCCUGGCCCCCCAGGACCGCCUCCCAUCAUCCUGCCAGGAAUGAAAGACAUCAAGGGAGAGAAAGGAGAUGAAGGACCCAUGGGACUGAAAGGAUACCUGGGCCUAAAAGGUGUUCCAGGAAUGCCUGGGAUCCCUGGCCUGUCGGGCAUCCCCGGGCUGCCCGGGAGGCCUGGCCACAUCAAAGGAGUCAAAGGAGACAUCGGAGUGCCUGGCGUGCCUGGCGUGCCAGGAUUCCCGGGGGUGCCCGGUCCUCCCGGCAUCAUAGGGUUUCCCGGGUUCACAGGAAGUAGGGGUGACAAGGGAGCUCCGGGGAGAGCAGGCCUGUACGGCGAGAGUGGCCCCACAGGCGAUUUCGGUGACAUUGGAGACACCAUAGAUUUACCAGGAAGCCCGGGCCUGAAGGGGGAGCGGGGCCUCACUGGAACACCAGGUCUAAAGGGAUUCUUCGGAGAGAAAGGAACAGAGGGCGAAGUCGGCUUCCCGGGGAUAACAGGCGCCGUGGGAGUCCAAGGGCCCCCCGGACUGAAAGGGCAAACAGGCUUUCCAGGACUGACAGGGCUGCAGGGGCCUCAGGGAGAGCCAGGUCGGGUUGGAAGGCCUGGCGACAAAGGAGACUCUGGCUGGCCAGGGGUUCCCGGCUUACCAGGUUUUCCGGGCAUCCGAGGCAUCAGCGGAUUACACGGCCUGCCAGGCACCAAAGGCUCCCCCGGGUCCCCAGGUGCAGACAUCCACGGAGACCCAGGUUUCCCAGGUCCUGCUGGGGACAGGGGUGACCCAGGAGAGGCCAACACCCUUCCAGGCCCUGCCGGAGCCCCAGGACAGAAGGGGGAGCGAGGAGCCCCAGGGGAGCGAGGCCCAGUCGGGAGUCCGGGACUUCGGGGCUUCCCAGGCAUCACCCCCCCUUCCAACAUCUCUGGGUCACCUGGUGACAAAGGGGCGCCUGGGAUAUUCGGCCUGGAAGGUUAUCGAGGUCCCCCAGGGCCACCUGGGCCUGCUGCUCUUCCCGGGAGCAAAGGAGAGGAGGGGAACCCAGGAGGUCCCGGAAACCCAGGGACCAAAGGAUGGGGCGGAGACCCUGGGCCCCAAGGCCGGCCUGGCGUGUUUGGUCUCCCAGGAGAAAAAGGGCCCAGAGGUGAGCAAGGAUUCAUGGGGAACACAGGACCCACCGGGAGCGUGGGCGACCGAGGUCCCAAGGGACCCAAAGGAGACCGCGGACUCCCGGGUACCCCAGGUGCUGUGGGGUCCCCGGGGAUUGCAGGAAUCCCUCAGAAGAUUGCCAUCCAGCGGGGGCCAGUGGGUCCGCAGGGAAGAAGAGGCCCCCCGGGGGCGCAGGGAGAGAUGGGGCCCCAGGGCCCCCCAGGAGAACCAGGGCUCCGUGGGGCUCCGGGGAAGGCGGGGCCCCAGGGAAGAGGCGGUGUGUCUGCCGUUCCUGGAUUCCGAGGAGACCAGGGGCCCAUGGGGCACCAGGGACCAAUUGGCCAGGAAGGGGAGCCAGGCCGCCCGGGGAGCCCAGGCCUGCCCGGCAUGCCCGGCCGCAGCGUCAGCAUUGGCUACCUGCUGGUGAAGCACAGUCAGACGGACCAGGAGCCCAUGUGCCCCGUGGGCAUGAACAAGCUGUGGAGUGGGUACAGCCUGCUGUACUUUGAAGGCCAGGAGAAGGCCCACAACCAGGACCUGGGACUAGCAGGCUCCUGCCUGGCCCGGUUCAGCACCAUGCCCUUCCUCUACUGCAACCCCGGCGACGUCUGCUACUACGCCAGCCGCAACGACAAGUCCUACUGGCUCUCCACCACCGCCCCGCUGCCCAUGAUGCCCGUGGCCGAGGAGGACAUCAGGCCCUACAUCAGCCGCUGCUCUGUGUGUGAGGCCCCGGCCGUCGCCAUAGCGGUCCACAGCCAAGACGUCUCCAUUCCCCACUGCCCAGCCGGAUGGCGGAGUUUGUGGAUCGGAUAUUCCUUCCUCAUGCACACGGCCGCGGGCGACGAGGGUGGCGGCCAGUCGCUGGUGUCACCGGGCAGCUGUCUGGAGGACUUCCGCGCCACGCCCUUCAUCGAGUGCAACGGGGGCCGUGGGACCUGCCACUACUACGCCAAUAAGUACAGCUUCUGGCUCACCACCAUCCCCGAGCAGAGCUUCCAGGGCGCGCCCUCCGCCGACACACUCAAGGCAGGCCUCAUCCGCACACACAUCAGCCGCUGCCAGGUGUGCAUGAAGAACCUGUGAGCCCGCUUGCGGCCACCGCGGCGCGGCCACCUUGGUGCUCAUUCUUAACCUAUUACCUCAGCUGCCGACCCAAGAUCCAUUUCACUCUUUCCUUUAAAAAACAAACCAAAGUCACCAAAGGAAUCCAGCACUAGCACUUAGACCCAGUAGCCCGGGUCGUCAACAGGCGCCGGCCACACCCCCUGCAGAGCGGGUGCCUGUGACAGUGACACUCCCCCCUCGUAUAGGAGCCCGUUCCCACCCCAGCACCCCGUCACCGUAGCCCCCGCUCCGCGCUAGCUGUAGCUGACCUCUCACCUGUCCCCGAGCAGGCACUGCGCUUCCUGGGGCCACAGGCCACCCCUUAGUUAACUCACUUAACAGGGGGGUAGAGAUGGAGGAAGCCGUGCUGAGGGUCUCCCGGGGGCCGGCCCUGCUCUCUAGGCCGACGUGAUGACAGCACUGUUUCCUCCCGGCCUGUGGGUAUGGGUUGUCCCCAUGCCCGCAGGCGGCCAGACCGUGCCUUUCAUUUCACAACACCGACGGUCACACUCCAGCCCAUCCCUCCGCCACGUCCUCACAGGCCAUUGGGUUUGGCACAGCUCCCUGGCGGCAGAGCCCUUUGACCCCUGCGUCUGCCAGGCCCCUCGACAGCCAGCCGUGCAGGCGGCCGGGGUGCCCGCUGGCCAGCCCGCCUGGAGACUGGCCCUCCGCUCCUGUGGCGCAUGCACUCCACGGCCACUCUAUCCCAUGUAACAACCACAGAAUAAAAGUUGGUUUUGAACAUUU